GAUAACGCGAUGCAGUGCCAGUGGGACCGGCUUUCUUCGCGCCCUAUCCCUUCUUCAUUUCAUCCCACUAGGUGCGUGCAAUAUGGAAUCUCAGCAGCACGCCAUUGCAAAGGCAGACGAGGCAUUGCUCGCCGAGCUCGGGUACAAGCAGGAGUUCAAGCGUGCAUUCACACCUCUAGAGGUAUUUGGUAUAGCUUUCAGUAUCAUCGGCUUACUCCCUUCCAUUGCUUCUGUUCUGUUUUACGCCGUGCCUAAUGGAGGAUCAGCCUCAAUGGUGUGGGGUUGGGCAGUCGCGAGUCUGUUUAUUCUCUGCGUAGGAAUGUCGAUGGCAGAAUUGGCUUCUGCAGCGCCAACAUCCGGUGGCUUAUACUUCUGGACACACUCCUUGUCAUCUCCGCGGUGUAGGAAUUUACUUGCCUGGAUUGUUGGGUACUCAAACACCAUUGGGACCAUAGCGUCGGUCGCAUCUAUCGAUUGGGGAUGUGCAGUGCAAAUCAUGGCUGCAGUAUCCAUUGGCUCGGGUCAGACCUUUACCGCCACAAGUGCGCAAACAUUCGGAGUCUAUGUUGCAAUAGUCCUAUCUCACGCAGUGAUAUGCUGCUUGGGAACUGCUGUGCUGGCCAGACUGCAAACAGUUUAUGUCGUACUCAAUGUGGGUUUAUGUCUCGCCGUUAUUAUUGGCCUUCCUGCUGCCACCCCGAAGGAGAAAAUGAACAAUGCAAGCUAUGCGCUUGGUAAUUUCACAAACUUGAACGGCUGGGUAGAUGGUUACGCAUUUAUUCUGAGCUUCCUUGCACCAUCCUGGACAAUUGGCUCCUUUGACUCGAGUGUGCAUAUCAGCGAGGAAUCGUCGAAUGCUGCUACUGCUGUUCCAUGGGCCAUUGUCAGCGCCAUUGGGAUUGCAGGAAUCCUCGGCUGGGCAAUCAACGUAUCUCUUGCAUUCUGCAUGGGCACCGACGUGAACUCCCUUCUCAACAGCCCGAUUGGACAGCCCAUGGCUCAAAUAUUUUUCAACAGCUUCGGCCAGAAAGGGACGCUUGCAUUAUGGUCCAUCGUCGUCCUUGUUCAAUAUAUGAUGGGCUCGAGCAUGGUCCUUGCUUCAUCCCGCCAAACAUUCGCAUUUUCUCGUGAUGGCGCACUGCCGUUCUCAUCCUGGCUGUAUCGCAUGAACAGUUUCACCAAGACACCCGUCAACACCGUUUGGUUUGUCGCCGCCAUCUCGAUUAUCCUCGGCUUGUUGUCCUUCGCGGGCCCGCAAGCUAUCAAUGCUAUCUUCUCUCUUUCCGUGACAGCGCUGUACAUCGCAUAUGCGAUCCCAGUCGUGGCGCGGUUUGCGUUCAAGAACAAUUUCAAGCCUGGUCCAUUCAAUUUGGGCAUAUUUAGCUUUCCGGUCGCUGUCAUUGCGGUGUCCUACAUGUUCAUUAUGGACAUUGUAUUUUUCUUCCCGACGAUGCCACAAACCGGCGUUGCGAACAUGAACUACACCGUGGUUGUUCUAGGUGGUAUACUCAUCUUGUCUAUCCUGUGGUACUAUUGCCCUGUGUAUGGCGGCGUGCAUUGGUUCACGGGCCCAGUGUCGAAUAUCGAGAAGCCGAGUGAGGAGGGUGCGUCGAGUAUUCGGGGGUCGGUGGAGAAGAAUGUUGGUGUAGACAUCGGGGAGUUAUCUGUUGGGCCUUGAUAAUAGAAAGGUGCCGAUAUUAGGUCCAUGGUAGAUUUAAUUUGCUCACCCCGUGUGCUGUUAUAUAUCAACCGUCCAGGUAAUACAAUUUUCCACAUGCAUUUCUUUUCGUAGGUUCCAAUUUUGGGAACUUCUCCAGGUGUGCAUUAUCGUUCUUAUUUCCUGAUGCGCCUGGACCGAGGAAAAGUAAAGUUCGUUUGCUAGCCCGAAGGAUUGAAUGGUGAAAAUGUGAGAGCC